AUGAAGCCGAUGAGAAAUAUUGCCCCAAACAGUAAACGAGAUCAUCAGACGAUUUUCCCUCCAAGCGCUGCGGGAACAUCCCCUCAAUCAAAUCCAAAGCGAACCAAGAUUGAACAGGCUUGUUCAUAUUGUCGCGUUUUACGCCGCAAGUGCAAUGGUCAAAGUCCUUGCAGUUCAUGUGUCGAGAAAUCAGUUCCGUGCGAUUACGGCGGCGAUGCUCAACCCCCGGGGAAGAUGACCCUGGCUAGGGCACUCAAACGGAUCUCCGAAUUAGAGAACAGACUGCGCGAGUAUGAGAAUCUAGAAUCUGAGAAAGAUGGCGCCACAACUUCGUCACCACGCCAUCUUGGUCAGAUCUACGACUACCUCCCAGAAAGCCAGCGACCCGACGAUGACAUGAGCCAGCUUUUACGUGGAGUGAACUUUCUGACUAUCUCAACGAGAAACCCAGAAUUCUACGGCGGGUCGUCUUCAAACGCCAUUAUCAGCGCGGUGGAAGCCCCUAGCCAGAUCUCACAGAAGCACGACUCAUCGAUGAGGCCAGAUCUACCGGCACAGCAAUGGAUACACGUUUCGCCGAAUCUUCGUCUUUCCAAUGCAUCCGGUUCCUCCUUACCUCCCAGGCCUGUCGCUGACGAGUAUGUAAAUCGAUACUUUCAGACUGCCCAUCGCAUCUACCCAAUUCUCAAUCAAAAAACGUUCAUGGAGAGGUAUCGAAAUUUCUGGGAAGGACUACCGACGGAAGGAAGAGGCUAUGAACUUUGGAUAGCGGUUAUGUACAUGGUACUGGCUCAUGGCCACCAAUGUAGCAUGGUCGAUCCAGACACCGCAGUGCGACAGGCCGCGCUUAAUUCUAAUCAUGGCGAAGUCUGCUUUAACCUGGCAAAGGCUGUUCUUACCGAUGUCUCCUUCACAUCUGGUGAUAUGUCAAGUGUCAACAGUUUGUUUCUUGGUUUUGCGUGGCUGUAUAACCAACAGAGACUCCACGAAGCCUACGCCAUGAUGGGGGUUGCAACACGAGUUGGCUAUGCUAUUGGUAUGCACAGGGAGCUCAUUGUUUUGGGCGGUCCAAACGCAGACGCUAAUGGCUGGUGCGCAUCGUGGUGGUGUCUAUUCACCUAUGAAACCGAACUCGCUGCUCUCUCUGGUCGACCCUGCGGGAUUCAACCCCGAGAAGUUGAUGUCAGACCAUUUUCCUUGGACUCAUCACCGAUUGAUUUCCAGUACCUCGAAAGGAUGCGACAGUUCUCAUACCUGGCUUGGGAUGCAUAUGAACAGGUUUACUCUUUGGAAUACAAACACACCAGUGUCUCAGAACGGACCGUGGCACUCAAAAUGGCCGACGCGGCUCUUUGCACUUGGUACGAUGAAUGGUCUGAGAAUUCGAUUUGGGCCAAGGAACCUCAUGGGCUGAUACUCCGGCUGCGCUACUUGAACCUGCGAAUUUUGCUGUACAGGGCAUUCCUCAACCUCGUCGUGCAGAAAAAAGAGGCUGCCAAGAUGAUCCCGGAGGACCUGAUCGCAGCAGCCGCUAGGUGCAUUGUGAUGGCUAUAUCACUGAUUGAGACCACCACAACCUGUAUCAACCCAGGCAGUUCAGGGACUCUUCAGGCAGCUCUUUUGCCUUCAGCUGGCUAUCUUUGGAACGCGACAAUCACACUCUUGCUCUACGUUACCAGCCAGGCAGUCCGUGAUACUCUGCCUGAAACCGCACCAGAUUACGCCACUGUCAUUUCAACCAUUCAAACGGCAAUUGCUUUCCUGAUUGUCCAUCAAGAUGCCCUAGCAUCCGCACCCGAGUCAAUCAAGAAAGGCCAAAUCUUACUCAACAAAGCCAUGGCCUCGUUCGACGACGCCCAAAGGAAUGGAGAUGAUCCUGGCUACCAAACCGACAUCCGACUGCCGCAUUUUGGAUCACCUUCGGAUCAGAUUCUGGAUUUUGUGCACGGGUUCGACGUCCCGACAUUUGACUUUGGCAGGCCCUCUUCCGAUCACAUUUCUGGUGCGAUUGCCAGCGAGAAGUAUGCCACAGGCGACCUGGCGCAAGAACCCGGUUUCAAUGCCCAGUGGACACAGGAAGUGGACUCAUUUUUCUUCCAACACCUGGGAGAACAGGGUUAG